AGGAAAAAACGAAAGUGCAAAAACGGAAAACCCCUCCGUCCCCAAGGGGUUAAACACCAAAUCUUGAGAAGCCCCUGCAUUGUCACUCUCUUACAGUCAUGGGGGAAGACACACUUGUUUGGUGGUGCAGGUGCAAUUUUCAGUGAUGGAGGGGUGUAGGUGCUAAAUAUUCUGUUCUUGCCUUGGACGCAAAAGGAUCUGUGACUCCCCAGGCCCUAUCCAGUCAGUGCACUGGGUUGUGUCACACUCUCCAUUACACGAGUACAGUACUGAGGUGUCAGGGAGUUACAUCCUAAAAAGUGCUAUAAGCAAACUGCUACAUGAAGAACUCCAAUUCCCUAGCACAGCUGCUGCUGACAGGCUGUUCCCGCCCUUUUAUUCCUACGAGCAGGAACCAUCACAAGGACUUGCUUCUCGUUCACACAGGUCUCUGCGGUCCUCAGCUCCACAGCUGCAAAACGCGCAGCCAGCGGGCGGGUCACUGUAAGCUCACACUGCUAAUAGCAUCAUCAUCAUCAUCAUCAUCAUUCUGCUCAUCAUCAUCAUCUGUAAGAGCAGCGCCCUCCCCCUGCUCCUCCCGGGCUCUCCGCACACACUGGGCCCCACCAGACACCGCUCUCCCCCCGACCCCCGCAUCACACAAUACACGCAGGACUGAGGAGGAAGUGGAAAUACGAGGAAGGGAGGAGAAACAGUGAACAGGAUCGGGGGGAUAAGGGCCCCGACCAGCGGGCUGUGGAGAAGGAGCGUUCAGUGUGGCCGAGGUCCAGCCUGAAGCAGUGAGAAUAAUACACCUUCAAAGUAAACAUUGAAAGGAAACCCAAAGAUGGCAGCAAAUAAACCGAAGGGACAGAACUCUCUGGCACUGCAUAAAGUCAUCAUGGUUGGAAGUGGAGGUGUGGGAAAAUCUGCUUUAACACUUCAGUUUAUGUAUGAUGAGUUUGUAGAAGACUAUGAACCAACCAAAGCAGAUAGCUACCGCAAGAAAGUUGUGCUGGAUGGUGUGGAGGUCCAGAUUGACAUCUUAGACACAGCAGGCCAAGAGGACUAUGCAGCUAUCAGAGACAAUUACUUCCGAAGCGGUGAGGGUUUCCUUUGUGUCUUUUCCAUCACAGAACAAGAAUCUUUUGCUGCUACUGCAGAUUUCAGGGAACAGAUACUACGUGUAAAAGAAGAUGAGAAUGUUCCUUUCCUUCUUGUCGGAAACAAAUCAGAUCUGGAAGAUAAGAGACAGGUAUCUGUAGAAGAGGCAAAGAGCAGAGCUGAUCAGUGGAACGUUAACUAUGUUGAGACCUCAGCAAAGACAAGAGCCAAUGUUGACAAGGUGUUUUUUGAUUUGAUGCGAGAAAUUCGUGCCCGAAAGAUGGAAGACAGUAAGGAGAAGAACGGCAAGAAGAAAAGAAAAAGCUUAGCCAAGAGGAUAAGGGAAAGAUGCUGCAUUUUAUAAUGAAGGCCAUGUUCCUCAUUUUUUCUUUCUGUUUAUUUUUUCAGUUUUUUUUUCUUUUGCUUUUUUUUUUAUAGUUAAAACCCAUGACCUGUUAGCAUGCUGUGCUUACCAUAGCAAAGACAUUACAAUAUAUCCUAAGCAUGAUUUGGACGAAGCUUUGAACUGGCAUUCAACUUCACUUACACAUAACAAAGGGAACAAGGAAAACAAAACUAUUACUGCAAUAUCUGAAUGUACACAGUUUGUUAGAAGCAGCUGUAGUCUGUGGAUAAGUACUGUAACACCUGGGGUAAGGAGUUUUCCUAAAAAAAACUUUAUGUAUUAUUUACAUGCUUUUAGGAAGUUCUUAAGGAUUCUGCAUCAAACUAGGCUCAGAACAAUUUGUUCUGGUUAAAGCCUAAUACAACAGCAGGUGUUCUGCUAGAUGAUUCAUAUGUAGCCAGGUUCAGGCUCUCUCAUAUUCACUGUAGAUCUGAAUAUGCCUUAGUAGACCUAUCGCACGAUAAAUGAGCUGCUUCAGAGGCUAAAUAUAGACUUUUUCAAAUUUAGCCACAUCAGCUGAUGUAUGAACUGAUAGGUUAGAUAUUCAUUAAAAUCCAUAUGUGGCUACAUCAUAUAUCCUUUUGAGACCUAGGGCCGGAAUGAAAGAAUUCAUAUAGACUAAAAUUUUAUCAACCCGAUAUCUUUGGAAGAAUUUAGCUACAGUGUUUUAAGAUGCAUUUAACUGGCAUCUAGCAGUUAUAAGGCCUUCAACUAAAAGUUACCAAAUAAGCAAAAGUUUAUUACCUUAGGGCACGUUGCAGGAUAUGCCAUUAUCAUGGGCAUCUGUCUAUUUUGUGGGACAUGUCAUAUUUUAUGGUUUACCUCUCCUAGAGGAAAUUAAUUUUUGAGUGUGUGUUUCCUAAUGUAAGUGUAACCACAUUUUUUUUCUUAAAAAAAUAGGUUUAUAUGGGACAUUGCUCUAUUAUACUAGUAAGGAAAGGUGGUUCAUGCAGGUAGGUCUCUGCUUUAAUAGACUCCCAUAGCAUCUUUAGAAGCUUUAUAUUACAGACCAAGGGCCUAGCUGUGAGUUGUAUCUUCAAUACAAGACUUGUUAGCUAUGGAUUUAAUUAAAAAGAAAAUGUCCAAAGUGGUAAAUGAGCAUUCAGACUUGCAGCACUUUUUAAUGUAAUCCCUGGAGAACAAUACAAAAAAGACGUUAAACUCUAGACCAUUACCUGGCAAUUUAUAAUGAAUUAAGGCUUUGGCUCUAUCUUUAAACACAGUUCUGGCAUGGGCACUACAAACGUGGCCUGAUUAUACGUUUUAGUAGUACUCAAAUUAUUACCAAUGAUGAAUAGCUUUAGAAAGAUUCCCCUGUGUAAUUUUCAGCAGUAUGUAGAUAAACUAGUGUGCUUCGUAAGCUAUGCUGAAUAGUCACACAGCCAAUCUUAAGAUCCUCCCUUCCAGCUUGAUUGAUAUUCCCUGGCUGAGUUUUCUUUAACUCCCUGCUUAUACACAGUGUAGUGUGAAGAACUUUGUGGGGCUUUGCUGCUGCACCAUGCAUGUCUAGGGAGAACAACUUAAAGGGGUUAUCCAGGAAAAAACUUUUUUUUUUAAUAUAUCAACUUGCUCCAGAAAGUUAAA